AUGGCGUAUCGGUCUAUUUCGAUUUUAAAGCAGGGUCGCCUGUUACAGGCGUCGCUGUCAAAGGGUUGCUUAUGUCAAACGUUAUCACAUAGAUGGUACACAGCAACAUCAUUGUCAAGUCUGGCUAGAUCAGAUCACCUCCUGAGGCAUCUGACAUGUUUGCAAUAUCAGCACAGGUUAUAUUCUGAUAAACCAUCCAAGCCUGAUCCACCAUCUCAAUCAAAAGACCAGAAGUCUCCAAAGAAUUCCUCCUCAGAUGACAAGUGGAUGAAGAUCAAAGUUAAAAUUGGGGAUUAUGAAUACAAUAACUCUGAUGGGAAAGGUGGUAAGACGUCAGGGUCAGGAGGAGCUCCAGACAAACAGAUGCUCUUCUUUGCUGCUCUGGGAGGUGCUGCACUGUUGUACAUGUUUUAUGCUAGCCGGUACAAGGAGAUCACCAUGAAGGAGUUCUUCCAUACAUAUCUCCCAACAGGAUCG